CUGCUAGUGCUACCAUUACAACUCGACAACAACCGACAUCGUCAAGACUUCAUACAAAUUUCCAAACUAGCCUCCCGAAUCUUUGCAGCCAUGGCAGCAUGCAUGUCCAGACACUGCCUAAUGUUGCUUGCUGGUGCUAUACUGGCCCUCACUUUCGUACAUGGUCUUGAAGCUGCAGUACCGUCCCCAGACAAGCGACCCUGUGACAAGCAGGACAAUGAUGAACCAGAGACACUCUGCAGGGCAACAAUCGAUUGCUAUUGUAUAAGCGGAACCUACCUGGAUAUUCCCUGUGAUACUUUUGAUCAAGACAACAUUGAUUGCAGUUCGUAUUGCAAACCCUGCCCGUAUGGUAAAUUCUCCCCCUUUGACAACCGAUGCUUGGCUUGCCGUCCUGUUACUCCGUGCAAACCUAAUGAAGAGGUGAUCAUACGUGCCACAGGAAGGGCAGACCAGGUGUGCGGCUGCCGACGUCAAGACCUGACGUGCCCACCAUGUCCAGAGCAGACUACACCUACUUUUACAAGUACACAAGUUGAAACAGUCGUAGACCCUAGUGUGAACCCUCCACAAGAAAAACGAGCAACUGACAAUCAAUGGACCUUUGAUGGCUGGUCUGUUGUUAUAGGCAUCAUUUUAGCUAUGGGUCUUGUACUUCUUGUUGUUUGGAUAGUAUGUAUUUUAUUGAAAGAAAGAGGCUACCAUCUGAGGUUACCAUCAUCGUUUACUGUGCCCAAACUUUCCUGUCCUUUUUCUGCUUCACUUCUAAGGAACGUCAAGCUUUCAUGGUAUGUAAACUGAAGAGCAACUUUGAUGAAGAACUAUAAGUAACCAUGGUGGGAAUAAUCUCUUACAUGUAGAGUGAACACUAGCA